AUGCCACAAAACGAGCAUAUUGAGUUGCAUCGCAAACGUCAUGGUUUCAGGUUGGACUAUUUUGAGAGGCGGCGUAAGAAGGAAGCUCGCGAGCCUCAUUUGCGAGCACAGAAGGCGAGGAAGCUGCGUGGCCUAAAGGCUAAAAUUGCAAACAGGGAACGCUUCAAGGAGAAGGUACAAAUGCGGAAAACGAUUCGAUUGCAUGAAAUGAGGAACGUGAAGCAGAAAGCUGGCGAAACUGGUGUAAUUGGUGAAAGACCCGUGUUUCUUCUCGAUCGUGAAGAACAAAAUAUGUCCAAAGUCCUUUCAAAUUCAGUCAAGCAGAAACGCGCAGAGAAAGCUGGCAAAUGGCAAGUCCCCUUGCCAAAAGUGCGGAUGGUGUCAGAUGCGGAAGCAUUCCGGGUGGUGAAAUCUGGUAAAUCAAAGAGGAAGGCCUGGAAGCGCAUGGUAACUAAGAUGUGCUACGUUGGGGAAAACUUUACAAGGAAACCACCGAAGUAUGAACGUUUUAUCCGUCCGAUGGCUUUGCGGGCGACUCGAGCUAACGUUACCCAUCCCGACUUGAAGUCCACUUUUUGCCUACCCAUUAUUGGUGUAAAAAAGAACCCCUCCUCUCCCUUAUAUACCAGUCUUGGCGUGAUAACGAAGGGGACAAUAAUUGAGGCAAGUGUAAAUGUGAGCGAUCUCGGUCUGGUGACUCCUGGCGGCAAGGUCGUGUGGGGCAAGUAUGCUCAAGUGACGAACAAUCCUGAAAACGAGGGUUGCGUGAACGCUGUACUCAUUGUCUAA